CCACCGAACAAAGAAAAUGUUCUCGACGAAAUUCUUCGACAAAGACGCGAUUUCCUUGUACGCCGACCGAGAUUUCAUCGAAUAUUUGUAUUUUCCCGUAAUCUUCACCCUAUGGAAACACUUUCUCCACGACACCGUCGCCGCCAUCAUGAUCAUGACGGGAUUCUACGUUAUAACGAAAAACCUCUUCGACAUCGGCCUCAUCAACACGUUGGAAAUCGACUUGAAGGGUACCAAAGAAGCGUCGAAUAAGCACCUGGUACCGUUUUGCUACGACUGCUUCUGGCAGUUGGGGUACUACGGGGCUCUUCUGUUGGGUAUGGGGCGCAUACUGCUGGAUAAACCGUGGUUCUGGAGCAUCGAGGAGUCUUGGUGGGACCAGGAGAUGGUAAUAGACGUUUGGUACUACUUGGUGUUGAAUGUUUCAUUGCAAGUACGCGAUGUUAUCGAUAUCAUUCGGUGCAAAGAGGAUGCAACCGCUUGGAAGUACCUAAAUAUUAUGGUGAACGUUUCGUUUGUGGGGUUUUGUUGGUACUACAGAUUCUGGAAACUCGCCGGUUUGGUGAUGUUCCUGAACGAUUCGAUGGAGUUCUUGUGGUACUCUGUGAAAGUCGCCUACUACGUUAACCUGGAUUUUCUGUCGGUGAGUUUGUUCGGGGUGUUUUCCACCCUGCGGAUUUGCUUUAAAUAUUAUUUUCUAUUGGUCGUCGUCAAGAGCACUUCGUUUCAAAGCGUUUCUAGCGUGCAAGGCUGGCUUUAUUGCUCCCUCAACGGUUUAUUACUUUCCGUAUUUCUCCUUAAUUGUUGCAAAACUUAUUGGAUAAUAAAAUUCUGUCAGCGGAAUUUGUCGAAGUGCAUUCGCCUCGACCACCACAGAAUUUACCAGAAACACGACUGCUGCAAAAAAGGUAAAGAUAUAUGAAUUUACAUAGAAU